CCUGACUUUGGGCUCCUGACGGUCCUUGUCUAUGAGGGCCUAACAGGCUCCGCCAGGCGGCGACUCAUGGUGCCACAAGCUCUGGUCCACUUGAAGCCACAACGGGAGCAGCUCAGAGUCACCAUUGGGCUCACUUCCUACUUGGUGUUCUGCCUUCUGCCUUCGAGCUGGGUCCUGUCACGCCUGGAGAGCUGCAGGAAGCGGGAACGGAGGGAGCUGUCCUCCCCUCAUCCUGUGACUAGACCACUCUUGCCAGGCCACCUUGAUCAUGUGUCCUGCAUUCCCGGCUGGCCUUCCCUGGGAUCGUGGUAUUCAAUCCAGUCACCUCUUCUGCAAUCAUGA